AUGGAUUCUGCGGCACAACCACCAAAGCCAUCGGCCGAGGAAUCCAAUGUCCAGAAGCGCGUUAUUGGGUACUGGGAGGCUUGGAACAUGGACCAUAAUUGUGGGACCAUGGAGCCUGGUGAAAUUCCUGUUAACUUGCUUAGCCAUUUGAUCAUUUCUUUUGGCUACAUCAGCCAUAACUUCAAGGUUACAAACAUGGACGGUAUAUCUCCUAAGUUAUAUCAGAUCGUUGGUGAUCUGAAGCAGCGCAAUCCGAAGCUCAAGAUCAUGAUUGCUCUUGGGGGAUGGACUUUCAAUGACCCCGGAACCUGGCAGAGUGUGUUUCCGACAAUGGUGUCCAGUGAAACCAACCGGAAGACAUUCAUUAAUAACCUUCUUGAAUUUCUCUCCGAGUAUGGCUACGAUGGUGUUGACUUUGACUGGGAGUAUCCUGGGGCCGAUGACCGUGGUGGCUCUGCCGAUGAUGGAGCCAACUAUGCAAAGCUUCUCAAGGAGCUCAAAGAUGCAAUCAAAGACAGCGGCCGUGACUAUCUUGUCACCUUCACAUCUCCAACAUCCUACUGGUAUCUUCGCCACUUUGAUCUGAAGGCGAUGGCUGAUAAUGUUGACUGGAUCAAUCUGAUGGCAUAUGACCUUCACGGUGAAUGGGAUAGAGAUAAUCCAAUCGGCAGUCGAGUCCUCGCUCACACUAACUUGACUGGUAUCGAUGAAGCACUUGAUCUGUUCUGGCGAGUGGAUAUCGAUCCUUCUGAUAUUGUCCUUGGCUUAGGAUUCUAUGGCCGGACCUUUAAGCUUCGUGAUGCUUCCUGCUGGAAGCCCGGAUGUGAAUUCAGUGGUGCUGGUGCAAAAGAGGCUGCUGUCAGGUAUAUGGUAUACGAUGACAAUAGCUGGGUUUCUUUUGACGACGAGACUACGUUCAAGAUGAAAAUCGACUAUGCCAACAAAAUGGGUCUUUCCGGUCUGAUGAUCUGGGCGAUUGAUCUUGACGAUAAUCGUCUCAGCGCCUUGCGAGCUGUGUCUGAUUCAGAAGCUCUGGGAAGUUCCGGAUCUGCAUUUGAUCUUGUCGAUUAUUCCCACAUCUUCCCCUCGGACAUUCGUCUACUAAAUUCCACGAAACCCGUUUACGGCAUUUCGACCUUUGGAGGUGGUGACUCUAUGAGUCCCAAUGGAGGUGGCUUUGGUUUCCUUCUUGUUGCUGGCGAGUCCCAUGCCGUCUCGAGACUGCGAAGGCGAGACAACGAGCCAGAGCCUUUUCACUUCCUCGACUGCCCUUCAGAUGUUGCGGAUGCUCCCAAAGACCACAUUCAUACAGCUCGAGUCGUUUGCCUCAGUGAUGAUCUGAAUGGGUGCUUCCAAGUGAUGGAGCGAGGCGUCGAGGGCACCAUCGUGGAGAUGCCCGACAAUUGUGCUCCUGACACAUUCGCCCGAGCUGUUUCUUUGGAGCCUUCCCAGAACCAGGCUGUGUCCGCCGAGAUCAAGAAGCGGAACCCUACGUCCCAGGUCUAUGACUUCAAGUUUGACUACAAUAUGGGCUUGAGCCGGCGUGAUACGACCAACAGAACGAGUAUCUGCUUAGAUUACUCGAACGUCAAAGGAUACUGGGACAAAACAGUGGACUCGCCCGGAGUCGAGGAUGACGACGGCGUGAUGGAAGCACGAUCCUUAGUCAAAAGGUUCUGGUCGUCCAGCCCCAAGGACUGGAAGAGGAGCUACACGUCCUCACGCUCACAUGCAGACUUUGAGUACGAAAGCACCAAUGCCAUCCCUAUCAAGCAGAACAUCAGCGAGCUGGUUUGGUAUCAGACUGCCAGAGAUUGUGAAGUGGAGGGAGAAGAUUGGGGCGAAGCCUUUGCAGCCUAUGUCGCUGGUGGAAUUGAUGCUAAAAUGUACAUUGGCUUCUCAAUGGUUGCUGAGUACUACGACGAGCUCUAUGUCUCACAGGCCAACGGUUUUAUCACGGCCAGCGGUCAGAGUGAUCUGACAUAUGGCAUUGACGGCUUCAGUGAGGUCGAUUUCUCCAGGGCAGAUAUGGGUAAUCCGAUUCAUGGCGCGACACGAUCCUUCGAUCUGAAAGGAAUUACCAUCAGUGCUGGUAAAAACAGCUUCGUGUCUUUCAGCCCCUAUCUUGACAUCAGCUAUGAGCUCGCCUCUUUCAACGGAUCCAACAGUACGUCCUUCAGCAACAGUGCCACAAGCUUCAUCGGCCAUCUGGAGACGCGAGUGAUCCAGGACUUCUCCAAUGUUACUGCAUACUGGCCAAUUGACUUUCCAGAGAGCGGAAAACCUGAGUCUGGCAAAUUUACACCGAAUGAGAUCCUUGUCAACAACAACAAAAAGGUCUGGUACAGUGACGGCGACGGCGGCAAGCUGGCCGUCGGCACCUUUCUAAGAUUUGGUGUCAAUAUCCACCUUGACGUACCUGGGCAAGAUCGCCGUACCCUCGAAUCGACUGCAGUUGGAGAUAUGGCAUUGAUGUACAACACCGUCGCAGAUUUCUCCUUUUAUCCUGCAGCUCUGAUAUGCUGCUUUCCCCGACUACAGUACUUAUUCCCAAUUCCUGUACCCGUCUGGUCGUCGACGACGAGUGAUUGGCCAGUGGGUGGAUCAUCAAUGGAUCUGUGCCGCCCCACUUCCAUCGGAACCGGCUCUAUGGAUAAGACCGUGCGGCUCUGGGAUACGGUGAUGGGUGGUCUACAGCAGGCGGAUUAA